AUGCCUUUGCCAGCCAUACAGGAUAUGCUUGUGAAGAACCAUCAGGUGAAUGUUUCAAUCCAGAAAGUGUUCAGGGCUAAAAGAAUUGCUACAACAAGGAUCAUUGGAGAUUAUAGAGAGCAGUAUGGUAUCCUAAGGUCUUGCUGUGAAGCACUGUUGAGGGAAAAUCCAGGUAGCACAAUUAAAAUGGAUACUGAACCCUGCGCUAACCCUCGUCUUCCUACUAGGCAAUUCAAGAGAUGUUAUGCUUGUUUUGCUUCGAUUAUGAGGGGGUUCAAGAUGUGUGGUAGAGAAAUAUUGGGACCAGAUGGAUGUUUUAUGAAAGCUCCAUUUCCUGGACAGAUUCUUACUGCAGUUGGUGUAGAUGGCAACAACGGUAUAUAUCCUGUAGCAUAUGCUUUAGUGGAGGCUAAAACUUUUAAAUCUUGGGAAUGGUUUUUGGAAUUACUCAAAGAUGAUCUUGGCUUAGCAAACAGUACCAACUUCACUUUCAUCUCAGAUAGGCAAAAGGGACUACUACCUGCAUUAUCCGAAGUGUUCCCAGGCUCUGAACACAGGUUCUGUUUAAGACAUAUCCACCAGAAUCUGAAGAAGUAUUGGCCAGGUGAUGUGUACAAAAACUUGUUGUGGGGAGUAGCAUGCAAGACAUCAAUGCCAUAUUUUGAAAAGUCAAUGGAAGAAAUGAAGAUUGCAGAGCCUGGUUUCCAUGAAAAGCUAUCACAUAUCCCAGCAAGCAGUUGGUCAAAAGCACACUUUUCAGGUAGGGCCAAAUGUGACAUAUUGUUCAAUAAUAUAUGUGAAGUGUUCAAUAGGCAGUUGAUAGGAGCCAGAGAUAAACCUGUAAUCACAUAUUUAGAGUUCAUAAGAGUGUACAUGACCAUAAGAAUUGUGAAUGUAAAGAAGAUUCAAGCUAAAGCUCAUGGUCCAUUAACUCCUCAUGCUCAAGAAGUGUUUAAUAAGAUCAAAGAAGAAGCCUCACAACUCAAUGUUUUAAUGGUGGGUGCAGUACAGUACCAGGUGAAUAGCUUAAGAUCCCAGUGUGUUGUUAAUAUGAAGAACAGAACAUGCACCUGCAGAAAGUGGGAUUUAACUAGCAUGCCAUGUAAACAUGUAGUGGCUGCUAUCAAUGAUAUGGCCAGGAAUGAUAUUAGGAUAGGGGUGCCCAAAGAAUUGGUUGAAGUGUAUUGGUUAUCCACAUGGAAGAAGGUUUAUGAGAAUGUGAUUAAUCCAAUUCCCGGGCCUGAGAAUUGGAUACCCUCACAAUGUCCCACCACACUUCUGCCUCCCAAACACCAUAAGCAGGUUGGGAGACCACAAAAGAAGAGAAAGAAAUCAGUUGGUGAGGUUGAAGUUGAAGCUUAUUUUGAUAGUGAGGGAAAAAUGACCAGGAAGGGCAAUACAACCAAGUGCAGCAAGUGCGGAAAUUUGGGACACAACAGUAGGACAUGCAAGGAGCAGGGUGGGGAGAAUGUUGUACAUGCACCAAGUGAGGAUCAAGUUGCAGGUGGAGAAAACAAAACCAGGAAGGUUUAUGCUGCUCUUGGUAAUGCAGUUCAACUGCAGUUUAUGUUUCUGACUGCAGUUUAUGUAUAUGUAUAUGGCUAUGCAGUUUAUGUAUAUGCAGUUAAAUGA